AAUAUAACGGCCUACUAUAAGAUCACCUUUUACCUUUUACGGGUGAAAUGCUUUUACUUUGUAGCCCCUCCCAAGUCUCGGCUCUCACUCUGGGCGCGACAAAAAUGGUAGCUCUAUCCCUGCUCGUCUUCCCCCUCUCCGGCGCUCGGCCGCCAGUCCCGCCGCCACCGUCUUCUUCUUCUUCCAAAACUGCCUACGGAUUCAGCCCCGUUUUCUCCCCAGACCCCUCUCUCAAAUCCACCCACCGCCGCACCGCCAUUCGGAGCCAUUCCGACGGCCCAGAAAACGAGUCCCGGUUCCUGGACGAAGAGGGCGUCGUCGACGACAUGGAUGGCUAUCUCAACUACCUCUCUCUCGAGUACGACUCCGUCUGGGACACGAAGCCCUCUUGGUGUCAACCAUGGACCAUAAUGCUGACUGGAGUGAUAGCAGUUGCCUCAAGCUGGCUUUUGCACUCUGUAGUAGUCACUGCAAUAGUUGUCUUCCUGAUUUGUGCAUGGUGGUACAUCUUUUUGUAUAGUUACCCCAAGGCAUAUGCAGACAUGAUUGCUGAGAGGAGGAAGAAAGUGAGAGAUGGUGUUGAAGACACAUUUGGUUUGGGUAAGACCCGGUGAUUUCUAUGAGGUUUGGGGCAUGGGCGACUCCUAUUUGUGCAAGUAUUAUGGAAUUACAGAAACCUAUGGGGUUGUUGUUGUUGUAUUGAUCUCACUCUCAACAGAUAACCACAUUCACAUUGACUAA